AUGCGAUGGUCAGCAAUAGACGAACCAGUUCAACCGAUGGCAGCAAUAGUGCUGCCAGACUUUGACCUUUUCAAAAUUAGUGCAAACCGUAAAGAAGAACCAUAUCCAGCCGGAAUGUGGGACGAAUUACAUGUCAUCAUUAUGUUUGAACGACGAUUUAUAUGGUAUUUCAUGCAAGCUUACCUUCCAACAUAUCUUACUAUUUUUAUAAGCUGGGUGUCAUUUGCAUUGGGACCCCGAGCUAUUCCGGCGCGUACCAUGCUUGGAGUGAACGCCCUGCUUGCGAUGAUAUUCCAAUUUGGAAACAUCAUGCGAAAUCUGCCACGGGUUUCUUAUAUAAAAGCUAUUGGUAAGCUUGUAUAA